CUGCAAUUUGGCCCGACAGAAAGCACACUCGGUCACAACACUCGCUUCAGUAAACAUCUAAAUUUUAGUCCCCGUGUUUUUUCUUCUUCUCCAUCCCCUACCUUAAGUGAAAUGAACAGCUUUGCCGUGUUUUUGGCGUUCGCCUCGCUGGCGGCCAUUGCCGUUGCGGAACCACCGUCCCCGUACAGCUACAACCGUCCGUCCGGCGGUCAUGGAGGUAGCGGCGGCGGUGGCGGCUACAGCCACGGUGGUGGCGGUGGCUACAGCCAGGGCGGCUACUCGAGCGGCGGCGGCUACUCGAGCGGAGGAGGCGGCGGUGGCUACGCCGCCAGCGUCGGCAGCUUCUCCGGCUCGUCUUCGUCGUUCUCGAGCGGCGGCGGCGGCUACCAGGCCGUCCCGGCCGGUGUCCAGACCUCCGAAGGGCUGAACGUCGAUCCGCAGCUGCUGAACGAGAUUCGCCAGAUUCUGCUCCGCGAGGAAAGCCAGUCGUCGUCGUCGUCGUCCGGUGGAUUUGGAGGCUACCCGUCCGCACCGUCCGGUAGCUACGGCCCGCCGUCCGGUUCGUACGGCCCACCGUCCUCCAGCUACGGCGUCCCGUCCGGUGGCCACCGUGUCGUCGGCAUCGACCUCGAGGGCGUCAAGCAAGCCAUCCAGGUCGCCCAGUUCCUGCAGACUUCGUCCGCCUCGGUCCCGUCCGGUUCGUACGGUGCGCCGUCCGGCUCGUACGGUGCCCCGUCGGCCCCGUCCGGUUCGUACGGUGCGCCAUCGCGCCCAUCCAGCACCUACGGUGCUCCGUUCUAAGCAUCCCGCCCUGCUCACACCACCGGGAUCAUGCGGCAAAUCACCACAUUGCCCAAAACCGUACCACAUCCAACGGCCGUCCGGAAGUACUUUCUAACUGUCCACCGGUCGCCGCCGUUGGAGCAACAUCAACAACAAACGGACAUGGAAAAAACGGGCCCCCCCGUGAGAUAAGGUUCCCGGCGCCCGAACGAAACGACGACACACAUUGGACACUGGACGACCGCACUGGCACAGAAUAACACACACGCAUACACAGGCAAAUGCAGCACAUACACAUGGAAGAAGGAAAAAAAGCACGCAAACACCACCAACCCCGCCGCCGAACAACUGGAUGGCGAGGAUGGCGCAGCGCGCACCUGUCCCGCCGGCAAAGCGGAAGACCCUGGGACAGAACUUGCAUCCGUGGAGCCUUUCGCGGGCACCACGGAUCCGGGACAGGUGGUACCACUGGGACCGUUUGUGUACGGAGACUAAUUUGCUGUUUCCAGUGUAAAUAUCUCUCUCUCUCUAUCUCUCUUUCCCUUCUAUCACUAUCUUUACUACCAAACUCUGUCCCCCUCUCCCGUAAGUAGUACCAAGCGUUUUUGUUACUCAAGCAGAAACCGUAACCGAGGAAAAAAAGCUAUGAAAAAAAAACAAUAAAAAAAUCGAAAAAUUUGUCACCGUUAAA